AUGGCGACCGCCGUCAUGGACCCAGGGCUCGCACCAGAGGUCUCGGCCCGCCAGCCGCCUAGUCUCCCAGCCAAGUGCUCACCCUAUGCCCGAACCUUCAUCAAGCUGCUCGUCGGCAGCAGCCUGCUCUUCACCGUAUACAUUUGGUGUCAGCGCAUGUUUUACGAAGGAUUUGAGCGCAUAUUUGGCGAAGGCAUGAAAUCCAUGGGGAUCAUGUACCCCUACGGUGCAGCCUACGACAUCAAGAACCCCGACCAGUACGACGCCUUUUACAUCCUCUUCCUGUGGAUGCCGCUGGGUGGCGGCGCCCUCCUCACCAUCCUGGCGCAGAGGCUCCCCAAUCACACCAAGCCGCUGUGGAUGAAGAGGACGCAGGCUCUGGGGCGUCGAGUCAUGCAGUACCAGCUGCCACCCCAUGGCUUCUGGAUCAAGCAGACCGGGGGGAUGAGCGUGCUGGAUGUCCUGUUCCUCGCUACCGUGGUCAUGCUCAACACCAUCUGGUUCGUCGUCGGCAUGACCAACUUCAACAAGCGCUAUGCAGCAGUGGCCUCCAGCGGCAUCAAGACCGCACACCCUGUGAGCCAGCUACGCCUCGAAUACGCCGGCCUCUACUUUGGCGUGCUGCUCUUCAUCGACAUCUGGCUGCUCCUCAUCCCCGUGCCCCAGAGCAGCUACCUCCACGAGCUGACUGGGCUUGACUACCACCAGAUGAUCCGCUGGCACAGGUGGAUGGGCCACAUCACCAUGAUCGUCACUUCCUUGCACGGCAUCCUCUACUACAUAUUCUGGGGCAUCACACAUGACUUCUGGCAUGAGUUCAGCGAUUGGUCCACCCUGCACUACAUCAACAACCUGGCCGGCUCCAUCUCCUGGUUCUUCGGCCUCGCACUCUGGCUGACCUCCAUGGAGUGGUGCCGGCGCGGAUUCUGGAAGAUCUACUACCACUUCCACAUGGUGGGCUUUGUUGGCUUCAUGCUCUUUGCCUACAUUCACUACCCAGGGUCCUGGAUCUACUUCACCCCAGGCCUCAUGCUCUGGUGUGUGGACCUGGUGAUGCGCUCAGGGGCUUUUGCCAACACGACCACUGUGGCCAACUGCGGCGUGAAUGCAACCGAGGACGUGGUGACCCUGCAGAUCCAGGGCUCCCAGAGGAUGCGCGGCUGCCCCCUCCACGACAUCUACGUCCUGCUCCCCAGCAUCUCCCGCUGGCAGUGGCACCCCUUCACCAUCUCCCAGCAGUCGGCGGAUGGCAUGCUGACCGUGCGCAUCAAGAAGUAUGGCAACUGGAGCUCGAGUCUGCUGAACAAACUGAAAAACAGGGAGUCCAUGGCCAUCCGCGCCAGCUGCCCGCCCUAUGGCGGCCCGCACCAGUGGCGACAGGAUGAGGUGGUUGUCGUGCUGGCUGGCGGCAUCGCGAGCACGGCAGUCCUGCGGGUGCUCUCAGACCUGGUGGCCCGCCGGGCCCAGGGGAAAGCCACCGGCCCUCACCGCGUUUUCUUCGUGUGGGCGGCGCGCCACGCCGUCGAGUUCUGCGUGAUGGAUCUCGCCGUGGCCGGCGCUUCCUUGAACAGCGAUGGUUGGCUGUCGACCAGCCUCUUCUACACCGGCAAGGAGCCCCUCCGGGCCUCCGACCUGCACGAGAAGCUGGACUCCCUAGAGAAGGUGUCCUCACGUGGCAGCGAGUCUGGCAGCGAGCCACGGGCUGGAGCGGAUGCCGGGGCCAAGCCCCUCACCUUCCCCCGGGCCUCCCCCUUCUGGUGGAACCGCGCAAGGAAGCUGCAGCCGCAGGCCACGGGCCCCCUCCACCUGGCCAUCAUCACCGCCCUCACCUUCUUUGGCGGGUUUGUCGGGCAGUUUGUGACGUACAGCUGGUAUGCCGAGAUGGCGACGCACUACACCAGCAUUGGCAGCUCCUACCCCUACCUGGAGUACUACUGGAGGCAAGGAGCCCUCAGCGCGUUUGGAGUCAUGGUCGGCGCCCUGGGCCUCCCUUUCCUCACGGCGGUGUUUCUGCCGGGACUGUACAGGUACUGGCGCGACACCCGAGUGGGAAGCUCCAACAAUGAGCAGAUGGCUGCCUUUGAGGGCGUGUGGGACCCGAGCUCCAUGGGCUGCGAGCUGGCCGGCGACCAGCUCAUGAUCCCGGGCACUGAUCUGGGCAUCCCCAUCUCCUCCGGCCGCCCCGACUUUGCCGCCGUCCUGCAAGCUGCAGCCAAGGAGACGGGCGCCAAGCACGUGGGGGUGUACGUGGCAGGGCCAGACACCCUGUCCAACUCCGCCCAUUCCAGCGUCUGCCAGCUGAACAAGGUCUUGGGAGGGGGCACCUACUUCGACUUCCACAAGAUGGCAGGAUUCCUGUGA